AAAGGUGAAAAGUAACCUAUGAUUUCUAUCAUUUUGUUGUGAAUGAUGGGGAAAGUGUUGUGCUAGUUGAUUUUCUAAUAUGCUUUUUAAGGAUAAGAUAAGUUAUACAUAUGAAUUUAAUUUAAUAGAAGUAAAUUUAAAAAAUUAACAUUUACAUAAUUUGUAUAAUUAUCGCAUAACGAAGAGAAAAUCGUGAUUUAUAUUUAAUAUAUAAAUCUAACCUAUCAUUUUGCGCUUCGUCGAAUUGAGUGUAAAUAAACAAAUUUCUAAGAUAUGUUUGUACUUGCGGAACUUAAAGAUACCGUCAGAAUACCACCAUGGAAAUUUAAACGAAAACUGAAUGAUGCAAUCACCGAUGAAUUAAAUAGGAAAUUAGCUAAUAAGGUAUAUUUAAACGUGGGUCUUUGCAUCGCAUUGCAUGACAUAACAAAAAUAGAAGAAUCGUAUAUUUUUCCAGGAGAUGGUUCUUCGCAUACAAAAGUAUUAUUUAGGUUCAUAGUUUUCCGUCCUUUUAUGGAGGAGAUUCUAAUAGGAAAAAUACGUAGUUGUAGCGUCGAUGGAGUUCAUGUAACAUUAGGAUUUUUCGAGGAUAUAGUCAUUCCACCUCACAAAUUACAGCAUCCUUCUCGAUUUGAUCAAGCGGAACAAGCAUGGAUUUGGGAAUACGAUACCGGGGAUGGAGAAAAACAUGAUCUUUUUAUGGAUGCAGGCGAGAUCAUUAGAUUCCGCGUGGUCAGUGAAACCUUUACAGAAACAUUACCAUCAGGUCCUAACAUUUCUAAUGAAACUGUUGAAAAACCUGAAGCUAGCAAUAUAUCUCCUUAUACUCUGGGUGGUGCUAUAGACGAGCCUGGUCUUGGUUUACUUACUUGGUGGGAAAAUGCAUAGAAGCCUGUGAAAAUGCAGUGAAUAUUUUCAGACUUAUUAAAUGCAGCAUUUAAAAGUACUGAAUCUUCAUCAAUAAAUUUAUAUUUCACAGCACAUCUCAAUGUAUCAUAGAAUGUUACAUCUGUGACCUGCAUCACAAAGUGACAUAUUUUCCAAUACAAUUUUUUUAUGUGCAGGUAUGUUUACGCUUAGUUUUGAUUGAUAACAGAAUUAGUAAGAAUAAUUUGUACAAUAUAUACAAAGAUGUUGUGUACUAAACACGUGAUAACACACGCAAAAAUAAUUACAAUAUUAUAGAAAACA